UAUUAUAAUUUUACACACAAAAGGAAUAAACGGAUUUAAAAAGUUGGUAAUAGAAUAGAAGGAGGAGAAGCACAUUAUAUUGACCAUUUGGUCGGUGCUUUUCCUCCAAGAAACUUCUCCGAUUACUCUCCAUUUGCAAAAUUUAACGACUUGCCUUCUUUCAUAUAAGCCGAGUUAGGGUUUUGAACAGUUGUAUUUUUUUUAAUGGAGGUUGCUGGAUCUACAAGGAAGCCAUUUCAACAAACCGAGAUUAACUGGGACAAGCUUGAUAAGACUAGGUUCUAUGUCGUAGGAGCUGGGAUAUUUACAGGGCUUACUGUUGCACUAUACCCCAUUUCUGUCAUCAAGACUAGAAUGCAGGUGGCAACCAAUAAUGCUGCAAAAGAGAGUGCAUUUUCUGUUGUCAGGGGCCUAGUGCGAAAUGAUGGCAUUCCCGGUUUAUAUAGAGGAUUUGGAACUGUCAUUACAGGGGCGGUUCCUGCCAGAAUUAUAUUUCUCACAGCACUAGAGACCACUAAGGUGACUGCAUUUAAGAUGGUGGAACCGUUCAAGCUAUCAGAACCUGUACAGGCAGCUAUAGCAAAUGGUGUUGCUGGCAUGCUGGCGUCUCUUUGUUCACAAUCCGUCUUUGUUCCAAUUGACAUAGUUAGUCAAAGGUUAAUGGUGCAAGGAUACUCAGGACAUGCAAGCUACAACGGAGGCUUGGAUGUUGCUCGCAAAGUUCUGAAGUCAGAAGGUAUACGUGGACUAUAUAGAGGAUUCAGUCUGUCUGUUCUAACAUACUCCCCAUCCAGUGCUGUAUGGUGGGCAAGUUAUGGUUCGAGCCAGCGCUUCAUAUGGAGUAAGCUCUUGGAUAAUGGAACUGAGCAUGGUGGGCCUGCUCCCAGCCAGGGGAAAAUAGUGUCAGUUCAAGCUGCUGGUGGGAUCAUUGCCGGUGCUACUGCAUCUUGCAUAACAACUCCAUUGGACACCAUUAAAACUAGGUUGCAGGUGAUGGGACACGAUAAGAGACCUAGUGCAGGGCAAGUAGUUAAGCAGCUAAUUGCUGAGGAUGGUUGGACAGGAUUUUACAGGGGAUUAGGUCCAAGAUUUGUCAGCAUGUCAGCGUGGGGAACCUCCAUGAUACUUGCCUAUGAAUAUCUCAAGCGCUUGUGUGCAGUAAACGAAUAGAUUGAUGAAAGCUAGCUGCCAGACGACUCUUGCGGUAGGGUUUUUAUACUACUGACAUACAGUAUUUGAGAGCUGGAGAUAACAAGACCGCGGCUGAUUAGCUGUCUGUAUACAAAUGACACUAUGACUGUUAUAUGAGUUGACUUGGAAUCCAAGUACCUGGCCAAAAUACAAUUAAUUUUUCUUAGGGAUUUCUUAGAAUAUUCUUAAAUGAUUUUUGCCAGAUAAAUGCUACAUUCAUUGGUUGUAGUGAGUCGCUACAAGGAGGACGAAGGGCGUAUCUUUGAAUAAUUUUUGCCAGAUAAUAAAUGUAAAAUGUAAUAUUCAUUCAUACAAGAAUAGAUAAAUGCUUGAUCAACUUCAUUUUUCAAGCCUCUA